AUGAGGAAGAAGGUGGACGAGCGCAUCCGCACGCUGAUCGAGAACGGCGUGCGGCAGCGGCAGCGCUCCAUGUUCGUCAUCGUCGGCGACAAGUCGCGCGACCAGAUUGUCAACCUCAACUACAUGCUCUCCAAGUCCCGCGUGAAGUCGCGGCCCUCCGUCCUGUGGUGCUACCGCGACAAGCUCGAGAUCAGCAGCCACAAGAAGAAGCGCGCCAAGCAGAUCAAGAAGCUCAUGCAGAGGGGGCUCAUGGACCCCGAGAAGGCCGACCCGUUCUCCCUCUUUCUGGAGACCUCGGACAUCACAUACUGCCUCUACAGGGACUCUGAGAGGGUCCUUGGCAACACGUUUGGCAUGUGCAUACUGCAGGACUUCGAGGCGCUGACGCCCAACCUUCUCGCACGGACCAUUGAGACAGUUGAGGGUGGUGGUUUGAUCAUUCUGCUGCUCCGUUCAUUGUCCUCGCUUACCAGCCUUUAUACAAUGGUCAUGGAUGUCCAUGAAAGGUUUCGAACAGAGUCUCAUACUCAACCAGCCGCGAGGUUCAAUGAGAGGUUCUUGCUGUCCAUAGCAUCAUGCAAAGCAUGUGUUGUGAUGGAUGAUGAACUUAACAUUUUGCCGAUAUCAUCUCACAUGAAAUUCAUACAACCAGUUACAAACAAUGAGGAUUCUGAGGGAUUGUCAAAACGGGAGAGGCAGUUAAAAGACCUCAAGGAUCAACUUCGCGAAGACUUCCCUGUUGGUCCUUUGAUUGGCAAGUGCUGCACAUUGGAUCAGGGUAAUGCUGUCAUCAACUUCCUUGACUCUGUUUUGGAUAAAAACCUGAGGAAUACGGUUGCCUUGCUUGCUGCUCGUGGACGUGGUAAAUCAGCAGCCCUUGGUCUUGCCAUUGCAGGAGCUAUAGCAGCUGGGUACUCAAAUAUAUUUGUCACCGCUCCAAGUCCAGAGAACUUGAAGACUCUGUUUGACUUUGUGUGCAAGGGAAUAAAUGCAUUGGAGUACAAGGAGCAUUUGCACUAUGACGUGGUGAAGAGUGCAGAUCCGGAACUCAAGAAAGCAACGAUUCAAAUAAAUGUAUAUAAACAACAUCGUCAGACAAUCCAGUAUCUGAAACCACAUGAUCAUGGAAAGCUUUCUCAAGUUGAACUCCUUGUUAUUGAUGAAGCUGCUGCCAUUCCAUUGCCAAUUGUUAAGUCCAUGCUUGGUCCAUACCUUGUUUUCCUGUCUUCCACUGUCAAUGGGUAUGAAGGAACAGGGCGAUCAUUGUCUUUGAAGCUUCUCCAGCAAUUAGAAUCCCAAAGCCAACCAUCUGCGCAAUCUAAUGGAUCUAAUUCCAGUAGGGUGUUUAAGAAAAUUGAAUUGAACGAGUCAAUUAGAUAUGCCUCUGGUGACCCUAUUGAGACAUGGCUUAAUGACUUACUUUGUUUGGACCUUGCAAACUCCAUUCCGAAUAUCAGUAGGCUACCUCACCCAAAAGAAUGUGAUCUGUAUUAUGUCAACCGGGACACACUUUUCUCAUACCACAAGGAGAGUGAGAUAUUUUUACAGCGGAUGAUGGCACUUUAUGUUGCUUCCCACUACAAAAAUUCACCUAAUGACUUGCAAUUAAUGGCGGAUGCACCGGCCCAUCAUUUGUUUGUAUUGCUUGGCCCUGUUGAUGAGUCCAAAAACCAGCUCCCAGAUAUUCUGUGUGUAAUCCAGGUUUGUUUGGAAGGACAAAUAUCUCGAAAGUCGGCUAUGAAAAGCUUGAGCGAGGGUCGUGCACCUUCUGGUGAUCAAAUACCUUGGAAAUUUUGUGAACAGUUCCAAGACAAUGUAUUUCCUAGUCUCUCAGGAGCUCGGAUAGUGCGAAUUGCUGUCCAUCCUAGUGCCUUGAGGCUUGGGUAUGGUUCAGCUGCCGUGGACCUUCUAACAAGGUACUAUGAAGGGCAAAUGACACUAUUUGCUGAUGAUGAGGAAACUGAAGAGCCUGAAGUGAAGAUUACUGAAGCUGCAGAGAAGGCUUCGCUGCUAGAAGAGAACAUAAAACCUAGGGCAAAUCUUCCGCCACUCCUUGUUCAUCUUCGUGAACGUCGUCCUGAGAAGCUCCAUUACCUUGGUGUAUCUUUUGGACUGACACAAGAGCUUUUCCGCUUUUGGCGGAAGCACAACUUUUAUCCAUUCUAUGUGGGCCAGAUUCAAAGUGCUGUUACUGGUGAGCAUACCUGUAUGGUUCUGAGGCCAUUAAAUAGUGAUGACAUCGAAGUUAGCGAGUCAAACAAAUGUGGAUUUUUGGAUCCGUUUUAUCAAGAUUUCAGACAAAGAUUCAGGCGGCUUUUGGGAACUUCUUUCCGGCAUCUCAAUUUUAAACUUGCGAUGAGUGUCUUGGCUUCGAAGAUUGAUUAUUCAAACCAUGAACCUUCAGAAUAUGGUAACAAUAGCGCAUCAAAGUUGUUGGGAGACACGCUAUCACCACAUGACAUGAAGCGGUUAGAAGCAUAUUCCAACAACUUAGUUGAUUAUCAUCUGAUUCUGGAUCUUGUCCCCAUCCUUGCACACCAGUAUUUUUCGGAGAAGCUUCCUGUAUCAUUACAUGGUGCCCAAGCUGCUGUUUUGUUCUGUAUGGGUCUGCAGGACAAAGACGUAGGCACUGUAAAGGAAGAACUGGGGAUAGAAAGGGAACAAGUUCUGUCUAACUUCAUCAAGACAAUGAAGAAGUUAUAUGGUUACCUUCAUAAGAUCGCAGGAAAAGAAAUUGAAGCAACCUUACCUCGACUGAAGGAGAUUGAAAUGCCCCCUCUUAGCAAAUCGAUGGAUGAGGAUCUUGCAGAAGCAGCCAAGGAAGUAGAGGAAAAGAGAAGAGCCGCAAAUGAAGCCCCUGUGGACCCAAAAAUUCUGCAGAAGUAUGCAAUUGAUAAUAAUGACAAUGAAAUGGAGGAGGCCCUGAAGAGUGCCAAGGUGUCUGCAAGCGGCAUUAUCAGCGUGAAGUCCAACAAAACAAAGGCAGACAAGAAAGAGAAGCACAAGGAAAUGGGCAAAUCAAAGAGGAAAGGAACUGAUGGUGGCAGGUCCGAGUCGAAAAAGAAGAGGUCUUAAGGUAUCCCUUGAAGUUGGGUCUGUCAAACAAUUGACCCUUCCGUAUUGUUGGAAUCGACCCUUCCUGGAAACUGCAAGGAUGCUUUGAUCUGAAAGAAAAGGAGACGAUGAGCAGCGUUGGGUUGAAUGUGGCCAAUUUUUCUAGCUGCUCGCUACAAUUUUGAUGUAACAUUUCACGUUUUAGAACAUGGCUUUUGCUGUAUCUUCUGUCCAGUUCAUUUUUGUUGGAGAAACGAAGCAACGUACUGCUUCCUAGUUUGAUCAACUGCUGAUGUUAUAUUAUAGUGUUAUUCUAGAUGCUUUUGCUUUGCUAA